AUGGCGGUCACAGUCCUCCCUGCCAGCUCCAUACCUGACUCUGUCAAGCUGGCCAUCCGGUCAACAGCAACAUGCUCCGACACCACCGUGUUGUCCCUCCAAGCCCUCCUCCGCGCAUCGUCAAACCCACCCGAGAAGCCCGCGAGGCGCACAGCAAAAUCCGUCAAAGAACCCAUCAGCAGGCCGACAAGUCGAGCAAAGACAUCCAGGACGACCAAGACAGCCUCCGCGAACGACGCGUUAAACGCCAUUGUCGAUCAGGAUGCGCCCUUAUUAUCCCCCCAAGAGAAGCUUGUUCUCGCUACAGAAGUGUUCAAUACAACACUAAAGACACUUACGGACGCGUUGAAAGUUCCUACCACGAAACGCCAAACCCCCACCGCCGAAAAAGCCUCCGUCAAGUCGACGGCCAGGUCCAGUCCCACCGGAGUCGAUGCGGGGGUGGUUUCCGCCGCGGAGUGUGCUCGACUAGCCUUGUCGACAUUGAGAUCCCUAAAAAACGAUCAGGGUACCAAAGAACUUCCAAAUAUGCAACUUGAGCAAGGCGUGUGCGUAUUAGCGGGGAAGCUGAUAUCGCUGGGACUGAACGACAUUGCGGGCAAGGAAUUGAGGUCUUUGAAACGCAGAAUCCAACAGCACCUGGACCUACAAAAGUCGGGGAGAAAGGCUACAACCCCCAGUGAUUUGGUGGAUGACGAACCAGGAAAGGAGCGCAUGUCAGACCUUUUGACUUUUUCAAACAUCUCGAAUUCACCGGCUCUUUACGGCCUACUCGUUCAAUUCCAGGCCAAUGCGAUGAGACUCUUCGUUUCGGACCGGAAAGCUACAACGGUCCAGAAGUUAUAUCCUCUAUUACAACUUUCCGACCCUAGUAGUCCCGCCCAAAUCAUCCUUGCUGCUUUGAAGUCCGGAAGCCUAUCAAAUGACAAAGCCGCUCUUCAACUUCAGCUGCUUUCAAACACUGUGCAAUCGCUGUGCUCUGGCAAAUCUGGCCCCGGUGACGAAUCGCCAAGAAACAAAGAUACAUUAAAGCCGAUUACAGCUUUGAGCCUCCAACUACUGUCUUUGGAGAUCCGAUGCUUGGGGUGGAAGUUAGCUGGCCACACCUGUGAUGAGAGCAAAGAGGUGUUCGAUCCUCUUGUCCGCUACCUCAGUGGAUUCUCUCACCGCAGUAAAGGCAUUGAGAAGGCCGAGUUUGGCGCAAUAUUCAAGGCGAUCACUAAAAUCCAAUCCUCGACAGCAGAGAUUAAGAAACAACCCCAGGGAAGCAAGGAAAUGAACUCAAUGGCCAAGAUCAUGAUCCUUCUUGGUCAGCUUGCAUUGGAUGCUGGUUGCUUUGACGAAUCACUGAAGCUUUUUGGCAAAGCCAUUACACCACUUUCAAAUGCGCAAAGCCUUUCUUUGGCCACCGUUCAAUGUAAGAUUGCUUCCGUCUCCUUCCAGCGGCUGAAGGGCUCGGGUAAAUUUUUGGACGAUGCGUUGAAAUCCACAUCAGAAGCCACCAAAGCUCUGGGUUUGCAGCUCCGCGGUAGUGCAUCUGAUUUGGACGAGCUUCUGGUUGAAGCUGCUCGGCUUAAGAAGCUUGCCCUGUCCUGGUUUGGCGAGGCAAUUUCAAAGGCCUCCGAUAGUGAUGAACAGAAAAACGAAAGUGCUUUUCAAAUUCGAGAAUAUCUACAGGCAUUCCUCAGGUUCCUCCGGCGUUAUGUUGGACGACAACCUGCGGAAGACAGUGAUGAAAAAGAGCACGAAAUGUUCAAGACUCGUAUUUCCAUGUCGAAAAGUAUUAUCCUCGCCGCCGUUGACUCCUCCGUUGCUGUUGGAAAACUAUCAAUCAUGUCGCAAAGACCACCGUGGGACGAUAUGCUCCCUAUUCUAGCAGAUUGCCAUCGCCUGCUUACUUGUAUUGAAAGCUCCGAAGAAACCAACUCCGACACCUCUAUCGUUGGUGCGGGACUUGUCAAACUUUCUAAUAUCUUUUGGUCUCGAUAUAUCAAGGAAAAAGAGGCAGGUCAAGGAUAUCGCGAACUGCUACCUCUUCUCAAACAGUCCACUCAAAUAAUCUUCACCUGCUCGCCAUCACUUCGAACUACCGCGUUUGCCGCUCUGAAAUUUGAGAGAAUGGCCCAUCUUUACCUGGAUGCCAAUAUGCAUGCGGAUGCGGAGAAAUCAUUUCAACAAUCAAUCGCAGAGUACAUCGAUUCAGGUACCCUGCAGCAAAUCACGGACAGCGGAACGGGGGCACACCUUACGCCAGGUAGCCAGGAUCCUCAGAGUCCUGUGUUUAUGCUCGGGCGGGUUCUCUCUACGUUCCUGAAGGUGAAGCUGCGCCGAAAGGGAUCCAAAUCUAAGUCUUCCGAAAUUUAUGAUGAUGUCGAGCUGAACUCCGAACAGAGAGGGAUGCUCCUUGAGUGGCAAAUGGGCCUUCUGGCCGAUUUGCAUGCAUACAGUUCAAGCGAGGAAGAGUUCCGGUCAACUCUCACAUUGGUUACGUCUAAUGUUCUUGAUGUCUAUUCAACUGACAUCCACCCAAUUCGUCAUGCUCGAGUGGUUCUUUCCGCUCUUCGAUACUUGCUAGAGCGCCCUGGCUGCUUGGACACCACCAUUUCCGAAAGACUCAUGGAAGAGGGAACAGAAGCUUGCACCGCUGGAAUUGAAGUUGGCGAAGAUGCUGAUUUGGCACCCUUUGCUCAACAUAUCACGAACUCUUUGAGAAUCAUUAUUGGCUUCCAUCAGGGCCAAAUGGAUCCUGAUGACUUGGAAAACACACUUGCAUCAUGGACCUCAAUUAUUCGUCAAUGCUCUGAUGCGAAUUCAUUGCUUCUCUGUGUUCAUGAUAUUGAUUACUGGGUUCUUCAAUUAAAAGCUUUGGUUGAUUACACUGAGAUCCACGCCCUUUGGAAAUCUCAGCUUUCUACCUUGGAAUUGAUACUGAGAGUCGCUGAACUUCAGAAAUCGGCCGAUAUCUCAGAUGCAAUCACCAUUCUUUCGCGCUUGGUGCUGCAGCAUUGCCGACUUGGACAUUGUCAAAAAGCGGGAGACCUUCUCUCACGCGGUGAAAAAUAUCUCACCCAGCACAAGGUUUCUUCUCUAGCCACUAUCUCAUGCAAACUGGCACGGGUGGAAUAUCUUCUCGAGACUGGUGAGAUAGACAAGGCAGCUUCAGUUCUUUCUGCCACAAAGUUACUGUACGAAAAGAACCAGACUUCGGAAGAGAUGAGCAAUUUGACCGUGUCCAUGAAAAUUCUAUGGGAAAGACUUGUUGCAGACGCCACCUUUAUACAAUCCCGCCUGUCAACUGCCCAAGGCUCUAUGACCGAUGCACUCUUCUUUGCCAAGCUGUCCGUAAGGCUUAACUGUCGAAUUUGGGCAAAAGUUGAGAAACUUGCUCAACGAAAACAAGACAAGGCUUUGUCUGCGGGAGGAAGCACUGAUGUCGACACUGUUGCUGAUGGUGUGGCCAAGCUCGAUAUAUCUCAGAAUGGAGCUUCGUCAGAUGCUCCAGUCAUAUACACCCAAGGUGCGCCAUUUUGGCCGCAUCUCGGCUCACAUCAUACCUGUUUAUUGAACCUCGCAACAUUGUCAGCACACCAUGGCUUAUUCCAAGAUGCAAUCUACUACGGACAGCAGGCAUUGAAGAUCGACAAGACGCUUGGUGCCAACGUUCGACUUGUGGCCGCACAAACUCAGCUCGGUUGUUACUGGACUCUGGGUGGUCAUGUUGAUGAGGGACAAGAACUCCUUAUUGCGGCAUCGGACUCUUCAAAGCAGAUUAAGAUUAGCAUGGAGACUGUCUCACUGCACAUGGCUCUUGCUUCUCUUCAUAAAAUAAAAGGGCAACACGACAAAGCAUUGCACUCGCUCCAGGAGGCUGAUAAAGCUUUGAUGGCUGUCAGUUCUGCUGACCUGACCAGCAUCUCGGAGGCCCCAAACGUUGCUCUUCUGGAAGAAAAGAUGGAGAAGUUAAAGGUGCGAAGCAGUCGUCAAACACCAUCAACGACUACCGCUACUACGACUGUCCGACGCACUCGGGCAACUAGCUCAGCUACUGCGGCAAGCACUGCCAAGAAAGUUUCAACGCCCAAAGCCGCUCAAAUCAAGGUCCAGUCCAAGUCUCUCAUGCGACUGAAGAGUGAUAUUCUUCGCCAACAGGCUGACUGCUUGCGGGCGCUUCGCAAAUACGAAAGCUCUGCGCUCGCCCUUACCGAAGCCCGUCAAUUUGCUACAGCGAGAGAAAGCAAAGUCUCCCUCGAAAUUGGCGAAAGCGAACACUUGUUGGCCGAAGCAAUUCGGCAGUUUGCAAGUCACGCAGUAUACUGCGUUCUCCCCGAAUCUACCAUCUCUUUACCGUCCCUCAAGACACCAAGCAAAUCAGCAAACGAGUCGGUUGCUGCAACGGCGAAGCCUACUGCCAAGAGAGCAAGAGCACCUACCCGAGGAACGAAAGGGAAAGCUCAAAAAGCUAGUGAGGAUUUCUCUACCAUGCUUACCAAAGCAAAUGACUGUCUGACUGGCGUCUUUGCGGAUGUUACUGUACUUGGAUCUACAUUAGAAAGCCAUGCAGCGUCUCGCUUGAUGAGUCGGAUUUCUAUGCUUUCGCAUGCCACGACUCCGGGGGGCCCUGCAACUUGGGCCCAACCUCCUGCGACCAUGAAUGGUAAGUUCAUAAGUGCAAUCUGUAAACCUUACUCUAGUCUAACGAUACUUUGUGCAGAAAUUGGACGCGUUGGUGCAUUUGCUCGCGAGCGUAUGGCUAUCAAUUUUGAUCGACAACUGUCCGACUUUGCCGAUCCCCUCCUGUGGCCUACUUCUUCACCUUCGGCUGUCGAAAUGGAAGAAGAAAUAUGCUCAAGCUUUACUGAGCUUUACGUUGAUAUUCUACCUGAAAAUUGGAACGUUCUGUCUUUAUCGCUCAGUGCCGACGGGACUGAAUUCGUGGUCUCGAGGCUGCAGAAGAAUCGAUCUCCUUUCCUGCUUCGCUUGCCCCUCAGGAGAGGCAACGUCGACGAUGAUGAAGAAGAGCAAUUCACGUUUGAAGAUGGGAAAGAAGAAAUGCAAGAGGUUAUCAAGUUGGCUAAUGAGAGUGCACAUGCUGCCAAGGCUCAAAUUGACAAGAAGAUGAAGAAGGAGUGGUGGAAGACUCGAGAAUCAUUAGAUCGUCGGUUGGAAAGCCUCCUCCAGAAUAUCGAAAAUCUUUGGUUUGGUGGCUUCCGAGGCGUCUUUUCGCCGCUUGCACGAGACGCUACUGCACUCAUCCGCUUUUCCGAUGCAUUCCAGGGCAUCUUGGACAAGCAUCUCCCAUCGCGGCAAAAGGGUACCAAGGCAUCUUCGCCUCGACUAACUCUUCAUCAAAAUGUGCUUGAAAUGUUCAUUGGGCUCCGUGACCUCGAACAGUCGGAAGAGCCUGAGGACACGUUGAUGGAUCUUCUCUACUUUGUGGUAGAUAUUUUGCAAUUCCAGGGCGAACGAAAUGCCUAUGACGAAAUCGACUUUGAUAUGAUGGUUGUUGAUACCCUUGAUGCUCUGCGAGCUUACCACGAAGCCGCACGAGAUGGACUCGCCUCGACCCCGCCGAGUCACACAGUACUUGUUCUCGAUAAGGCUCUACACCUGUUUCCAUGGGAGUCUCUUCCAUGUCUCCAGGGAUACCCGGUCUGUCGAGUUUCCUCACUACAAUGUCUCCGCGAGCGAGUGAUUCAAUUCCGUGAAGGUCGAUCUGGCACAGUUGUGGAUCGGACAUCGGGCGCCUACCUCCUCAACCCGACAGGCGAUCUUCGCACAACACAAACCACCUUUGAAGGCGAUCUGUCUGGAUUGAAGUCUUGGACUGGAGUGGUGAAUCGUGAGCCAACGGAGGAUGAGUUCCGCGACUGUCUAGAGUCCAAGGAUCUGUUCUUGUACUUUGGUCAUGGUAGCGGUGCCCAGUAUAUUCGUGGACGUACCAUCAAGCGACUAUCCAAGUGUGGUGUUGCCUUCCUUAUGGGCUGCAGCAGUGGUACGCUCACCGAGGCAGGCGAGUACGAGCCUUACGGCACACCCAUGAACUACCUUCAUGCGGGUAGUCCUGCGCUCGUGGCUACCCUCUGGGACGUCACUGACAGAGACAUUGAUCGUUUCGCUUCGUCCACUUUCGAUACAUGGGGGUUGUUUAAGAAGGGAAAGUCUCCUGCUCAGCAGGGUGACGUUGGGUUAGACACGGCCAUUGCGCGAGCACGGAGUUCAUGUGUGUUGAAGUACUUAAAUGGAGCGGCGCCCGUUGUAUAUGGAGUUCCGGUGUUUUUGGGAUGA